AUGGCCCUAGACUCCGGCCCCCGCAUGGCAGAUGCUGCCAUAUCGCAAAUAUGGCACUUGCUCAAUUCUCGAGACUUUAGUCUGGAUGCGGGAAGCGACAAAGAUCCAAGGCAGGGAUCUGCUCGAAACGAUUCUUCCGGUGGCGGAACUCUUAGCCAGACGGCAAACAGCAAAGGGUCCUCCCUCAAGAAGUUAGGCACGACUUUUAUUCCUGUGGCCAUUUUUACCGCAGUAUGCCUCAUAAUCUUUAUCAUUUUGCGGCGGUAUUGCAAACGUGUCUAUGCACCGAGAACUAUUCCAGAGUUACGAAGUCCAGAUGUGCCGAGCCCUGCAUUGCCAGGAGGAUGGUUCAACUGGAUUGUACCAUUUUUCAAAACACGAGACACAUUCGUUCUAAAUCACGGUUCACUCGACGGCUUCUUCUUCCUUCGAUUCCUCAAGGUUCUGCGCAACAUUUGUCUUGGAGGCUGCCUCAUCACAUUCCCGAUACUGUUUCCUAUCCAUGCUACCGGUGGUAGUGGCCUCACUGAAUUGGAACAACUGACCAUUGGCAAUGUCAAAGAUCCGCAAAAGCUACUCGCUCACGUCUUCGUGGCGUGGGUAUUUUUUGGAUUCGUACUUUACAUGAUCGUGAGAGAGUGCAUUUACUACGUGAACCUCCGGCAAGCGUAUCUUUCGUCACCUUACUAUGCGGACCGUAUCUCAUCUCGCACAAUUUUGCUUACAUGCGUUCCGAAGGAGUAUCAAGACGAGCGACGCCUUCGAAAGCUCUAUGGAGACUCUGUGAAGCGUAUCUUUAUUCCACGAACCUCUAAACCCCUCGUCAACAUGGUCAAGGAGCGCGAGCAAACCGCCGCGCGGCUGGAAAAGGCCGAGAUUGCCCUAAUACGAAUCGCAAACGUGGCCCGACGAAAGAUGCUGGCGAAGAAUCCAGAGCUGGCAGAAGCCUCCACCACCGCAGCUUCGGUAACCGAAUCGACCGGUUCAAAGCAGGAUCUUGUCACACUACCGAGCGCCAGCAGUGCUGACGCAGCUCGUGGGAACCCCCUCGAAGUGGCAAUCCCCGAGUCAACCAUCUACUUGGACUCUGCGACACCCAAGGACGAUGCAACCAAGGACAUUGUCCAAGGCGAUGGCACCGAAAUAAGAAAAGCGUCUGCAGACAACACGGUGGACGACGAUGAAUGGUACAAGCAUCCAUAUGGACUGUCCGAGAGCUUGCCCGACGUCAGAGGAUCGGUAGCAGCCCAAUGGAUUAAGGCCGAGCAACGACCUCACCACCGACCGAUUGGCAACUUUGGCCGUCGAGUCGACACGAUUCGAUGGACACGAACGAGGCUUCGAGAUCUCAACCUGCAGAUUUUCAAGAUGCGACGACAAGUGCGCCGAGGUGAUGGCAUCACCUUGCCUUCGGUUUUCAUCGAAUUUUAUACACAGGAAGCUGCUCAGGCAGCACACCAAGUCCUAACGCACCACCGACCGCUGCAAAUGUCUUCUCGUCUGCUUGGCGUCCGGCCCGAUGAGGUCAUUUGGUCCUGCUUACGAAUGCCGUGGUGGGAACUCAUCAUUAGACGCUUCGGCAUUUUGUCCUUGGUGACGGCCGCCAUUAUCUUUUGGGCGAUCCCGUCCGCAUUCAUUGGCACAAUUAGCAAUCUUAGCGAUUUGACUGAGAAAGUAAAGUUUCUCAAGUUUCUAAACAAAAUGCCCAGUGUGAUUUUGAACUUUAUCCAAGGCUUUCUGCCCGCAAUUGCGCUCUCUCUGUGGAUGGCGGCGGUUCCUUGGAUGUUGCGAUUUUGCGGCGCCCAGUCUGGUAUUCCGACAACAACACGCGUCGAACUAUUUGUGCAGAAUGUCUAUUUUGCCUUUCAAGUUGUCCAAGUCUUUCUCAUCACUACUCUCACCUCUGCGGCGUCGUCAGCACUUGGCAAAAUUCUGUCCAAUCCUCUCGGGGCAAAGGACCUACUCGCCGAAAAUAUUCCCAAAGCAUCUAAUUUUUAUCUGUCUUAUAUCAUGAUACAGUGCCUCAUGAGCGGAGGGAUGCGCCUUCUUCAGGUUUUUGGAUUGAUUCGGCAGUAUCUGAUUAGCCGUGUGAGCGAGGUUCCCCGUACGAGAUAUAAGCGCUGGUGCAAGAUGGACUCGGCAUAUUGGGGCGGCGUGUAUCCUGUGUACACCAACAUGGGCGUAAUUGCCCUCAGUUAUGCCUGUAUUGCGCCAUUGGUUCUCCUCUUUGCGGCUGGUGGACUGUUCGCAACCCAGGUGGUUUGGAAGUAUAACCUGCUUUACGUGCUGGAUUCUGACAUGGACACCAAGGGCUUGUUUUAUCCACGAGCUUUAAUUCAUCUGACUAUAGGUUUGUAUCUGGCCGAAAUCUGUCUCAUCGGCUUGUUUGCGUUGAAAAGCGCUUUUGCUCCAUUAGCGUUGAUGGUCCUGUUUUUCAUUUUCACUGGCCUGGUUCACUUCUCGCUCAGUGACGCCAUAGCGCCUCUCCUGCUUAAUCUACCCCAAACAUUACCCCUUGAAGGUGAAAUCCAAGCCGAAGAGAAAGCAAAAGCUUUGCGGGAAAAGGAACUGGCCACAGCAAGAUUAGAGGAGGAAAAUGGGGCCGCAGGUGCCGCUAACGACUACUAUGACACGGAGCAAGUAUUUGGCGACGAAGAGCAGAUGGAGCAGUCAGAUUAUGAAGAAGAAGAAGAGGAAGAGGAAGAAUCUGGAGAUGAGCAUGGGCCGGUCACUGGAACCAGGGCUGUUGAAGGCGCGGCGAGUGUUGGCGCAACGUUCAAAGAGUGGUUCAAAGCCACGACCAGGGCAAAAGUCGACAAGGAAAUCGACCACUCGGGCGCCAAUGAAUUCCUUGCCAAGUUCCAAUUCUGGAAGCACGACAAGCACACUAGCGACGAACCACCUGGACUUUUGGCCAGAUGGCUCCAUCCCGAAGAGUACGAGGACUUUGUUACUUUGCGCAACACAAUCCCCGGGGAUCAGCUGCCUCAUGUUGAGUACCCGUCUGAAUUUAGAAAACGAUGCUAUCUUCCACCGGAAAUGUGGGCGCAAAAGCCGACUUUAUGGAUACCUCGAGAUGAAGCGAGAGUUAGUAGGCAGGAGGUUGCGCACACCAAGAAAUAUACCCCCAUCACGGACAAUGGCGCAGAAUUGGAUGAGAAGGGCAGGGUGGUGGUUUAUUUCGAUAAGGCACCGAUGAAGAAGCCACGGCUUCUGUUGUAG